AUGAGACAGUGUGAACUGAGUGACUGCUACAUGAGACAGUGUGAGGUGAGUGACUGCUACAUGAGACAGUGUGAGGUGAGUGACUGCUACAUGAGACAGUGUGAGGUGAGUGACUGCUACAUGAGACAGUGUGAGGUGAGUGACUGCUACAUGAGACAGUGUGAGGUGAGUGACUGCUACAUGAGACAGUGUGAAGUGAGUGACUGCUACAUGAGACAGUGUGAGGUGAGUGACUGCUACAUGAGACAGUGUGAGGUGAGUGACUGCUACCUGAGACAGUGUGAGGUGAGUGACUGCUACAUGAGACAGUGUGAGAGUGGUCACACCAACACCUGUGUCAGAGUGAUCACACCAGCACCUGUGUCAGAGUGGUCACACCAGCACCUGUGUCAGAGUGAUCACACCAACACCUGUGUCAGAGUGAUCACACCAACACCUGUGUCAGAGUGGUCACACCAGCACCUGUGUCAGAGUGAUCACACCAGCACCUGUGUCAGAGUGAUCACACCAACACCUGUGUCAGAGUGGUCACAUCAGGACUUGUGUCAGUGUGAUGACAUUUUGAGUCCUCAAAGCCUCAUGGUUGUGCUUCUGUUUCCCCCUUUUCUGAUUCAGGUUGCAUACCAGUAG